UUCAAAAUGGCGUGCCAAGUGUGAGAGGCAAGGCAUGGACUCGCCGUCGUCGCGACAUCCUGUUACUCUGUUGUUGUUGAUCGUUGAGUCGCGACGUGUACGGUGCUGCUCGCGUCAAGUUGUCCUCGUGGAGGAGUAAUUAUGCCAUCGCUCGCGCGUAGGACGUAGGGAAAAUCACUUUCUUCCACACAUUUUUCUUUUUCUUCUUUUUCCCCUUUCUUUUUUUUUGUUUUCGCUUGAUGGAAAUUCCGAUGGAAAUCUCAAUGGAAAUCUUCCUUACGGCGUUCUCCGUGAUAUUCAGUUUAUUAAUAGUGUUUCUCCUUGUUGUGAUAGGUUGGUACUUAGUUUGGACGUUCUUUCUAUCACGGUUCCGCUUUGUGAGAGAGUUAACGGGGAAUGGAAUGAGUGAAUCGUCGUCAGUUAACGAUUUGAGGAAUGGUCGCGCACGCAUAAAGAAACUUCGUCGUGACUAAAUAUUGGACAAUAUAUUGAAGCUAUCGUAUAUUUAUAAUAUUGAUAAUACCAACGCAACGAUUUUGUGUAAAGUAAAAUUAAUCUUGGAUACC